AAAUGUUUAUUUAUUGUUUUCAUCCAUCCCUGCACUCGGCCGAUUGAAACAGAAUAGAACAGAAAUGAAUAUCGUCCGAAAUGAUUUUAAAAUUAUGCCCCGGUCGAUGGUAUGCGAGGACAGCAACCUGCGUGGUGAUAUCACGAUCUCUGCCGGAUGUGUCAUCCAUCCGUGUUCGACAAUAAUAGCCGAAUCGGGACCAAUCGUGCUGGGUGAAAACUGUAUCGUCGAGGAGUAUGCAACGGUGCGCUACCGGAUACCGGAAGAUCAUCCGGACCACGGACAGCUAACCGCGGAAGGGACAGCCAAGCCACUAAUAAUUGGACCGGAUAAUGUAUUCGAGGUAGGUUGUACGGUUGAGGCCCUUUCGAUUGGUGAGCGGAAUGUGUUCGAAUGCAAGAGCUACGUGUCGGCGAAUGUAACCGUUGGAAAUGGAUGCGUCAUUGGGGCAGGUUGUCGGCUGGUAGGCAAACAAACGCUGGUGGACAAGACGAUUCUGUACGAGGGCGAAUGUAUGCAGCGUGAAGCGAUGGAUAAGCAGAAAACGCAAAUGAUUCAGCUGGACUAUUUGCGAAAGAUAUUACCAAACUAUCAUCAUCUCCGGAAGGCAAAUUAUGAUCCAAAGAUGGUACGGGCACAAGUUUGA